ACACAGACAAAUACACAAACACAUAUAGAAGGCGCCUCACCUUACCCACCUCCACCCCCCACACUUAGACAUUGAAUUUUCUCAUUCAACAACGCCCUCUCAAAUCUCUGACCCGAUAGUUUAGUCACAGAAUCUGCAUGUGUACGUUCCCUUUUUUGGCUUCCACCCACCUCUCUCUCUCUCUCUCUCUCUCUCUCUCCCCCCAUUCAAUGCUUUCCAAGAGGGGAGAGAAAUUUUGGGAGAGAGAGAGAAACAGUCCUAGCCUCCACCACCUCUCUGUUCCCCUUUUCAGUUUUUCAGUUACUUUAAUUCAAUCAAACUAAUCUACUAUUCUUGUUAAUUAAUUCACAUCGCUUCCAAUAUUUAAGCACGCUCCCCACCAUCCUUGCUUUUUGUUUCUCAACACCAUUGGCUUCUCUCCAAUUCCAAACGCUCUUCAAAUACCCAAACCCAUCUUCUGCCAAUACGGAGUUUUGUGAUCAAUCAGGAUCCAGUCUUGAAGCAAACCCAUUUCGGUUUCGUUCUUGUUUCCUCGGUUCUUGCUCCGAGAGGGCCGGCAAGUUGCACCGGUUUCUGGGUUUUGUUGCUUCUCCAGAAGAGAUGGCCAUUCAUGCGCAGAUGUAUCCGGACAAUUUCGGGUUUUCCCUGGGCCCGUUGCAGAAUUGGGUGGACAAUGCUUAUGCGUUCAAUGACUUUUCUUUCAAUCUUCAACAGAAACAGGAGCAGCAGCAAUUACAGAUUCUGCAACACAAAAUACCAAUUCCAUGUUUUGAGAACACUGGGUUGGUUUCCAAAACUUACAACGAUCAAUCCAUGGCGUUUUCUCCGUUUGUAGGGGCUCAGGUUGAGAAGCACAGACAAGAGAUCGAUCGGUUCGUCAGUUUACAGAGCCAGAGAUUGAGAUUGGCUUUGCACGAGCAGCGAAAACAACAAAUCGCAUUGAUCCUGAGGAAAUACGAAGCGAAGACGGCGGCUUUACUGAAACAGAAGGACGAAGAAAUAUCGAAAGCCAUGAACAGGACGGUGGAGCUCGAGGACUUCCUGAGAAGGAUGGAAUCCGAGAGCCAAACGUGGCGGCGAGCGGCCCAAGAAAACGAGGCCAUGGUGGCGUCGCUCAACAACACGAUCGAACAGCUCAAGGUUAGCGCCUGCUUCGCCAAUGGGGUCGCCGAAGAUGCAGAGUCUUGCUGCGAUUUGAUCGACAGAGACGACGACGAGAGAACGGACAACAAACAAGAUGAAAAGAAAGAAAAGGAAAAUGGAGAAGGGACAACGCGAAAGAUGGUUUGCAAAGGCUGCAAUUCUCGGCUUUCGUGCGUUGUGUUCCUGCCCUGCAGGCACCUUUGUUCAUGCCAAUCUUGCCAGCCUUACCUGGAUUCUUGCCCAGUCUGCGGGACUGUAAAGAAACGCAGCAUAGAGGCUCUGGUUUGAUUUUCCUAGAAAUCCGUACAUUUUCCCGGGAAAUGUAAAGAAAGAAAAUGUCGAUGCUGACGGCGACCCAUUUCCUUUUCUUUCAA